AUGCCUUCAAGUUCAAUACCGCAGAGUGCUCUACGAAUAAGAGAUUUAGAGGCCAUCGAAAAAUUAAUUGUUGAACUUGUGGAAACUGCCGGAAAAGCAAUUAUGGAAAAGUUAACCGAAAAAUUAACCAAAACUCAACAAGAAGAGGAAUUUAAGAAAUUAGCAGAGAAAUUUUUUGCCUUGGUAGAUAAUAUUCAAGUUAGAUUACGCAUUCAAUUUCGAAAUAUGCGAAAUAUGGGCAUAACUUCUGGUGAUAUUCCUUUCUUCACCAUAACAUAUGGAGAAGAAAAAGAAUAUGAAAUUUGGAUGAAUGCAGCUAAAAUUAUUAAAAAAGAAUUAGAUAAUAUUAUUGUGGUGGCGGGUGGUUUGGGUUUACAAGAUAUGGAAAAUGAUAUAGGAAUGGAAAUUGAUGAAGAUGAUAAAAUAAUUUAUCUUCAUCCUUCAAUUGAGAUUGAUUUUCAAGAGAAUUGUACAACCGUCCAAGAAAAUCUUUCUACCAUUAAUAAUAAUGAUACUGAUGUUUCAUCUUUUAAUAAAAAAGAAUGGUUAUCUUUGAAGUUUCAAUAUUGUGUAAUUAAUAAUAAAGAUUUUACUGGUGGUAACAGCAGUGAUGAUGGUGAUAAAAUAGAAUCAAUAUCAAUAGAAGAAGAAAAAUGGUUUCUUACUAAUGAAAAUGUAAGAAAAUAUAGUGAAAUUUUAGAAAAAGAAUCUAAAUGGAAUAAAGUUGCAUCAUCACCUGAAAUUGUAGAAAUGAAAUCAAUAAAAAAUAGAGAUAAAAUAAUUUUGAAUGAGAAAUGA